GACCCCAAGACCGCAUCAAUGCGGCCCAAGAGGCCCCCAAGAGGACUCUCAAGAGGUCCGCAGUCAUUUGCGCUCAAGUGAGGCAUCUUUGCUCAGGACAUCGCUGUCAAAGCACAUUUGCACCAAACAGACAUCCAGAUUCAUACUUGGAUUCAGUACCUUCAGAAAUGACCCUCACGGGCUUUGCCACGUUGCUCAUCACGGUCGUAGUGCUCAUGGGGGGCAUUCGCACCGCAAUUGGUUUGCUGGCGGGUCUGCUUACGACGGACAGCCCGACUCCGUACCCGCCUCCGUACCCGAUUGGAACAUCCGGAGACGAUUGCGUGGACGAAGAUGGAUCUUUGGUCAACGAGGCUGGCCGUAAUUGCAUGGAGAUCAAGGGUCUUGGACAACGACGACAUGGACUUUUCUGCGCGAGUAAUGUGUUGUGCUUGCGGAGGUGGUAUUCGCAAUCAUAUUAUCAGCCACGGCGAUGAAGUAACGCUAAGGCCCAGUGACGCCACGCACGCAUAUGCGUCGACCUGGUGCCUGUCGCGGAAGGGCAAGCCCAUCAGGCAAUGCAGGCUUAGUAUAUUACAGCCACCAGAACUGCGAAGCUCUACGCGAUGCGGACUCAGGGUGCACAGGAUAUGUUCUCCAAGCUUCUGAGUCUAAUUAUAAUUGGUGUGGGACACACACGUCGGUCGGUGCGACAGGCGAUGGCCGAACAUUGCAUAUGUGUUACAUGAAGGGGGGCCGCGGGGCCCAGCCUGACGCCGAACCCGACGCCUUACCCGACUCCGUACCCGACUCCGUACCCGACUCCGUCCCCGACUCCGUGCCCGACUCCUAACCCGACUCCAGUGGCCGGUGCGGCCGGUGGGGCGGCGCAGGCGACCGGGGACCUUCACCUCGCCAACGUGUUCGGGCAGCGGUUCGACAUCCACAAGGAGGGAUGACACACGCUGGUGCGGGUUCCCCGGGGUGCCAAGCGCGGGGCCGCCUUGCUGAGCGUCGAUGCGGAGGCGCGGCAGAUGGGCGUGGCGUGCACCGACAUGUACUUCGUGUCGGUGAACCUGACGGGCAGAUGGGUCGGCUCCCAGGGCCGCGCAUUCUGCGCCGGCUAUGUCGCUGACAAGGAGUCCCGGCAUUGGCUGCGAUACGGCCAGGUGGAGCUGAAGGUGGUGCAGGGCCGCACUAAGAGUGGCAUCGUCUAUCUGAACCUUUUCGUCCGCAAUCUGAAAUUUGUAGGCUACCCUGUGGGUGGGAUUCUGGGCUUGGACGACCACGCGACCGCAGCUGAGCCCAGUCUGAAGUGCCAGAAAAGAAUCACUUUGGCCUCAGUGCCAGUCCGGACGAACGCCUCCACCGCAGCGGCAUAUUUGUAAGUGAUGCCGUGGUGCAAGCACGUAUGUCUUUGUCAUUGCAGUUAGUUGGACUUGCGAUUGACCGGAUUCUCUUGGUACCACUCGCCGAUGAUGAUGAUGAUGAUAGCCCCUCCUAUGAUCUACCCACCUCGUUGUUGUUGUUGUUCCAUACGUUUUCCUUUCAGCAUUGUAGCUAUGCUACUUCUCUUUCGGGCCACCUGUUUAUUGUUUAGUUGCCUGUGGCAAGUCCUGCGACUGUGCCAUUCUGACAUGCUCUGCGGCUCUCGUUCGCGGGUGCACUGGAGACGGCACUCGCGAGGGAUGAAUAGCAUGAUAACAUUGAUGAUGACGAUGGCGAC